GUUGUUUUAAAUUUUGUAUUUUUAUUAUGAAUAUUUUCAGUUAAAAAUAAAGGUAAAUCUUUAACCUUCAUUGAAUACCUAUAUUCUCACUUUAUGGGUGUUAUGUAAUUUUUGAUUUGUUUGUUUUUAUAUAAUAUAGAUCAACAGUUUUUUUAUUAACGUAUCAAGUUCAGAUUUAUGUUAAAAUUUGUUAAAAACACAAAUUAUAAUUUAUUUUGAAAUUACAAAUUAGGAAAAUUUUCAAUUUAUUAAAACAUGUUUAAUCAAACUUCAUUUAAAUCUAUGUUUUGUUUGCAAUGAUUGUUAAGUACAGAUAAAAGUUUUUGGAGUGAUUUAGAAGGUCAAAAAUGUAAUUAAAAUAACUAGUAAUAUGUUCUGAAGAAUAAAGAUAUAUUAUGUUGAAUUCCUAUUUAUUCUUAAAACAUAAGUAUAAAUAAAUAGUUUCUAUUACUUUUGUAUAAAGAAGUAACAUUUUUUGAACAAAUAUUUUGUUCAAAAAAUACUUAUGACAAAAUUUUAUUUGUAAUUAACUAUUAUCAUAAUUCAUUUACAAAAAAUAUUUGAAAUAAACACAUUUAUUUACAAUUGAAAAUGGGUUUUAAACUUUUUUAAAUGUUGUUUUUUUUUUUUAUUUUGAAACCCUGAACAGAUAUAAAUUCAAUUAAUAUAAUAAUUUUACCUUUCCAAAUACCAAUUUACAACAGUGGCCCACCUAUAGUGCAAAGUAUGUUGGCAUAUUAUUAAUCAGUUGAAUUAUUGUCAAAAUGAUAUUUUUUUUUUAAAUGGAUGUUCAUAAUUUAAAAAUAUUUCACUAAGAAAUAGAUUAGAUUAAUGAAAUUGUUUAAAUUGCAAUUUAUUAUGUUAUUAAUUAUACCUAUUAAUUGAUUUUUCUGAUUUUAACUUUUUUUUGAAGAAAACAUAUUCUGCCACUUCUCUUUUUCAUCCAAGGCCGCUGGAAAAAAAAAAUAAAAAAUAAUGUAGGUAAUACAUACGACAAUUAUUUUAGGUAAUAAUAUAUUCCAUAUUAUAUGUUUUUUGCAAUGUUCAUACAAACAUAUAAUACCUAAUGAUAAAUAAAAAGGGCUGAACAGCAGAACAUAAUUUAUACCAGUGGUUCUUAACCUUUUUAUUUUUUACAAGACAUCCUGAUUUUGAUCUAUGAAAAUAGGGAUACACCUGACCAUGUUAAUUUAGUCAUGCCCUAUUUAUUUUUAAAAAAAUUUCUUAUUUUUAUACUAAAUUACAAAAACGAUUUUUCAUUACUAAUGACUGGAUUUAUAUUUCUCUUAAAAUGCAUAAAAAAAAUGAUUCAAAACAUAAAAAAGACAAAAAAUAAACACUUAAAACAUAUUUAAAAUAACAAAAAUAGGAGAUAGGUUUUAAAACUACCUCUUUAAGAGCUUUAUAUAACAUGUAUGUAGUGUAAGUAAAUUUAGUUUAAUAAGUUAAAACAUUAAAUGGAGACUUUCCCUUUUUAACAAGGAAAAUCCUUCUAUUACAAUUAAAAUACUAUUCUGGGUCAAAUAUUUUUAGGAGUGUUUUUUCCAUUGUAGCCAAGGUGACCUAGAGUAAUCAACAAAAUGGAAACUGAUAUAUCAACAUUUUUUUAUCAGUUUUUAAAUUUUAUUAAAAAUCUAAAUUUUUUAAAAAAAGUAGAACUAUCAAAUACAAAUUUUAGAUCUAUAAAGUACCUAGGUACUUUAUGAAAAAUUGGAACAUUUUUACUAACCAGAAUGUGUUUCCCCAGAAAAAAAAACACAUUUUAGUCAAACUUAUAAUUUUGGCUUCUUUGCUAUAAGUACUCAGAAUUUAAAAUAAAAGUAGGUAUUUUGUUAUAAAAAUCAACUAUAAUAAUAUUUGUGUUAAACAUUACUGACUUUUCAUAUUUUCUGCUUGAAGUUUUUUGAAAUGGUGUUCAAUGCUUGAAUUUGAAAAAUCCUAUAAACAGAAAAUAAUUAAGUAUAAGUACAUGUUUAUACAUUUUGUGAUAAUUAUACCUGACUUAAGAGUAAAAUAAUAUAAUAUGAAUUAGAUUAUAUAGAGUAGUAUAUUAAAUUACAAUUUUAUAUUUAAACAUAAUAUUUUGGAUAUAUUUUAUAUCAUACUCAUGUUGAUAAAAACAUAACAAAAUGUCCCUUAAAUGUUGUUGAUAAAUAAUUGUCAUUUAAAAAAUACCAAAAUUUAGUAAUACAAGUUUAAAAUACAAACCAGACUUGGUUGAAGAAUAUUGUUUGGUGGCAACGUAAAUUCUAAUAAUUGUUCAAUUGCUAUCCCUCUACCAACACAUGUAUUUUUGACUGGUUCGGGAACAAGUUUUGGCUAUUAAAAUAAAUCACAAAGUAUAUUAAUUUUAAGAAUACUUAAUAUGUACCUACACUAAAUUAGCUUGUUCACAUUGAUACAAAUUAAAAUAGUUUUUGUCAUUUACAUUUAAAUUGGACAAUUUAGGUUAAUAAAAUACACUUUUGUACCUCUUUAUCACGCAACGAAAAUUUUUCGGCUGUAUUAUCAGUUCUAUCCUUGAAUCUCAUUUGUUGUCUGUGCGAAUAUGAUUUUUCGGUUUCUUUCAGCUUAGUUGUAGUAGUAGUAUUAUUCGAUUUUUCAGUGGUAUUCAUAUUUAAAAUACUGAAAAAAAAAUACUACCAACCUAUUAUAUAGGUGCAUGUGAUAUUUGAAAUACCUAUUCAUAUUUUGCACUAAACAUGAUGGAUACUUAAUGUGCUUGGUCACUCCUUAUAUCCAGUACAUACUUUUCUCAAAUAAUUACAAUUUCAACAAUCUGCAUUUCAUGACCUAAGUAUUAAAUAAAUCAAUUUCAAAGUAAUAAGUAUAUUUACCGGGAAUGUUAAUUCGAGAAAUGACCAGUAAAAUUAACGAAAUAAGCGUACUAAAUAGGUUUUAUAGAUAUAUACAGUAUAAAUGAUAAAUAUUAAAAAAAAAUUAAUAAAUCACAAACACAACAAUAAUGAAUGAUAUAGUUAAUAGUUAUAAGUAUUUAAAAUCAGAAUCAAAAAAUAAUAAUAAAAACAAUUUCUUGAAUCGCUCGCCAAAUGAAACCGAUUUGUUUAAAUAAACUUAAUUGUUUUGGGGAUAUAGCAUAGUAGUGAAACUGGUAGGAAUAAACUAACCAGAGGGUCCAUCUGACCGAACCACUUCCUUGAGAAUUCAUUUGAAAUUACAAUAAAAAUAUCCAUUGAUUUUUAUUAUAAGUUAUGCAAUUAUGCAAAGUAGAUUAAUACGGUGUAAAUAAAGAAGGCAAACACGGCAUCUUGAAGGAUCGUGUUAUCGCUAUACCACAUUAAUAUCACACAAACCGUAGGAAGGUUAUCUUAUAAAAAAAUCGAUUAUUGACGAGUAUAGAAAUUUAAAUAUUAUUUUAGUAUGUCAUUAAUUUAAUACUACUAUUCUGAAAAUAACAUCGUAUUUCCCAAUAUAUAUACCUUAUUUAUCAAUUUAUCAAUUUUUGAUAUUGAAAUUGCUCUAUCAUGUAACUACCUACGGUAGUUAUAAUAUAUGGUAGAGCUUUAUUUUGUGACAGCGUAACUUAAUCACAUAGUAGUAGCUAAACAUAUUAGUGACAGAGAAACCAACAUGUUCGGAGAACACUAACAUCAAAGUCUGAAAAAUCCUCUAAUUCAAAAUGUACACACAGAAUUUGAUCACAGUUACUAAUUUAUUAAUGUUAGUUACUUACAACGUUUAUUUAAUCUUUACUCGUAACUAUUUGUCAUCCAGACAAGGUUUUAAGUUUUUAAGUUAACACAAUGUAUUUUAAAUUCAUCUUUUUGGGCCAAGUACUAAUAAAUUACAAUAUAUUACAACGUUAUCG